AUGAUGGUUCAGGGGAGCCCAGCCCACCUGCUCCCGCCCCAUUUCGCCGCGUCGUCCGCCGAAACCCACCCCGCCCCAGGCGCCAGCCGCGCUGUUCCAGGGGCGCUGCCGCAGCGCGACGGCGGCAGCAGCCCCAGCGACACCGCGAUGCAGCCGCCCUCGGUCCUCGGCAAGAGGAAAGCAGAGACGCAGGAUAACGAACGGCUUUCCAAGCGCCUCAGCCUUCUCAAUCUAGAACGAUCCGGCAACAAGCUCUACGUGCCCGUCGAGACACCCCAUCUACCCGCGUUGCCCAGUGCAGCACAAACUGCCUCCCAGCCCUUGGAGCACAUGGAACUGGACGACUCCAAACACAAAGUAUACAUUUACAACCUGGACGACGAACUAUCUUCCGAAAGCAGCGACGAGGAGGGAAGGCUCGUCUUCCUGCCUGACAUCCGGAAACACCUCCGCGAAAGCCGCAUCCCCAAACAAGUCCUAGCCAACAGGGACGGAGAGCUCGCAGGCAUGCAGCUAGUCCUGUACAAGGAGCCCGCAUCCUUGUUGGUGCCGGAACACAAAGACGGCGCACCAAGCGCCGUCCUCGAGGCGAAGCAACGCAUCAGGGAGAAGCAGAAGCUCGACCACAACGGCGCCUCAAGUGCCACCACCAGCCAAGUCGCUGACGAAGAAGCAAUGGACGUGGACUGA